UUCUCUACGUUAUUCGUGAGACGCCAUUUAUUGGGCACACGUUCUGUUGGGCAACCGUCGGAAACAGUCGUCGCGCUUCGGUUUAGCCGAUUUUAUUUGGUAAAGUUUUGCUUUUUUUGAAAGAGCAUCGAAGAUGUCGGACAGGCGGAUUGUGAAGGAGGAUCUUUCGUACGUGGAGUUCGAGACGAGCGAGAACGUGGAAGUGAUCCCGUCUUUCCAGUCGAUGGGGCUGAAAGAAGACCUUCUUCGGGGCAUCUACGCCUACGGGUUCGAGAAGCCGUCGGCCAUCCAGCAGAGGUCGAUCCUGCCGAUCGUAAAAGGACGAGACGUGAUCGCCCAGGCACAAUCCGGCACUGGGAAGACGGCCACGUUCGCCAUCGCGAUACUCCAGAAGUUGGACAUCACAGUGAGAGACACUCAAGUCCUCUGCCUCUCGCCCACCAGAGAACUCGCCGUCCAGAUCCAGAAAGUCAUCCUCGCCCUUGGAGAUCUCAUGAACGUGCAGUGCCACGCUUGCAUCGGCGGGACCAGCCUCGGAGAGGACAUCAGGAAGCUCGACUACGGACAGCACGUCGUCUCCGGCACCCCAGGCAGAGUCUUCGAUAUGAUCAAACGUCGGACGCUCAGGACGAGGGGUAUUAAAGUCUUAGUUCUGGACGAAGCCGACGAAAUGCUUAACAAAGGUUUCAAAGAGCAGAUUUACGACGUGUACAGGUUUCUCCCGCCGGCUACCCAGGUCGUCCUCAUAUCGGCCACGUUGCCUCACGAAAUCCUCGAGAUGACCAGCAAAUUUAUGACCGAUCCCAUCAGGAUUCUCGUCAAACGUGAUGAAUUGACAUUGGAAGGCAUCAAACAGUUUUUUGUCGCUGUAGAAAGGGAGGAGUGGAAGUUCGACACACUCUGCGAUCUGUACGAUACUUUGACGAUAACACAAGCUGUUAUUUUCUGCAAUACGAGGAGAAAGGUGGACUGGCUCACCGAUAAAAUGCGUGAGGCCAAUUUCACCGUUUGCUCCAUGCACGGUGACAUGCCUCAGAAGGAACGAGACGCAAUCAUGAAGGAAUUCAGGUCUGGUAAAAGCAGAGUCCUUAUCACAACAGACGUAUGGGCCAGGGGUAUCGAUGUCCAACAAGUUUCGCUUGUUAUCAACUAUGACCUUCCGAACAACCGAGAACUUUACAUCCACAGGAUUGGCAGAUCUGGCAGGUUCGGGAGAAAAGGAGUUGCGAUCAUAUUUGUCAAGAGUGAUGAUAUAAGGAUCCUCAGAGAUAUUGAGCAGUACUACAGUACACAAAUUGAUGAAAUGCCAAUGAAUGUUGCAGAUCUUAUUUAGAUCUCACCAAGUUACAACUUUUUCCCUUCUUUCUUUUCCUUUUUUUUCAAAGUCAAAACUAUCUCUACGAGGGUAGGCAUUCAUAACUUUUCCUUCAGGUUCUUGCAGACCUGAAGGUCCAUUGUUUUUGAUUAAAGUCUGGUUUCAAAACAGAAGAAUGAAGUCAAAAAGGAUGAAUGUCGACCAGACUGAUGGUGACAAUGAAAGAACUUACAAUGACCUCGAUUCUACCAAUAAAAUUCAUUAUAACAAGAUA